AUCCUAACUUUUCGUACUCUGCUCCUAUACAUUAAGACAAUAAUCCUAAUAGUACUAGAUCAAUAUCAGUAGGACGACACACCCCGGGCAAGCCAAUUUGUUUGUGUACCUGUAUAAUGUCCGCUGCAUGAAUAAAGUCAUUAAUCCUGUAUUGUCAUGUUCCGAUUCCUUAUCACAUCACAAACUUCAAACUGAUAAGGCAACUUUGAACAUUAAGUUCAACCAUUAUUUUCACAAUUUUUAAAUUUUAUUCAGACUUGGGAUGACUAUUUUCUCCAAAUGCCAGUAAUCACUUGCUAUUUUUACUGAACAUUUUUUUGAAUAGUUUUUGAUUCAAACUAAUAGUAAAUUGUAUUGUAGCGCUCCUUCAACAAGAGACGUUCUUUAUAGUUUUUUGGAAAGUUUGAAUCUAUUCUUUAUUUGUGUAACCUGUUCUUGUUUCGUCUAUUUUUUGGUAUUUCAAAUUUUCAGACAGUUUUAUUGUUUUCCGUCUACAUUUUCCAACAAAUCAUUUUGUUUCAUAUCAAUUUUGUUAAAGAACUCAAAUUUCGAACUGAUAAGACGCCCACGACUGCAAAGUUCAAUUUUUUGGACUGAACAUUAAUGGUGGAGUAUCGUUUUGUUUUAAAUAAUUGAAAAUAUAUCGUAAUUAAAGCAACACAGGGAAAAUUAAUAAAACUCUUCCGAUUUCAAA